AGGACAACAUCAAGAAAACGCAGAAAGAUCAUAUCUCUCCAGGCAACCGUUAUCAAUGGUGACGACGAAAUCACUAUUUUUCUCCCUCCUUUGUUCAAUCGUCUCUCUCGCUUCCCAGCAAGCCACAGCCCAAUACAACUUUUGCUUUAACGAAACAGGUAACUACACCCUUGACAGUACCUACCAUGAUAACCUAAAUCACCUCCUCGCAACUCUUCCCAGCUCUCAAAACGGCAACGGUUACGGCUUUUACGAUCUCUCUUACGGCAACUCAUCCGAUCAAGUCAACGGAAUCGGACAGUGCCGCGGAGACACCAUGCCCGACGUCUGCCAGAGCUGUCUUCAUGAGUCUGCUCGCCUUCUCCAAGAGCGCUGCCCCUAUCAGAAGAAGGCAGCCGCUUGGUACGAAAAUUGUAUGUUGCACUACUCUAACAGCUCCUUGCUUGGCGUCAUGGAGACUUAUCCCCAACUUUAUUUGUAUGUCGGCGUAAACGUGUCAUCCAAUAUUAUUCAGGAAUAUCUAAAAACACUUAGGAACUUGUUAGAUAACCUGAAAAAUCGAGCUGCGGCUGGUGGUUCUCUUAAAAAAUUUGCUGUAGAAAAUGUAACUGCUCCACGGUUUAAAACCAUAUAUGGAUUUGUCCAGUGCACACCUGACUUGGAUCAAACCAACUGCACCAAUUGUUUGGAACAAGCAUUUGAGGUUUAUCAGAAUUGUUGUGUUGGGCAAACAGGGGCAUCAAUCUUCGGCACCAGUUGUAGAUUUAGGUAUGAGGAUAGGCUCUUCUAUAAUUCUACGACCGCUGAUGUUCCACCACCAUCCCCGCCUGGACCACCCCCGCCGUCACUGCCAUCGACAAAAGCUCAUGCGUCAUCAACAUCAGCCAGGACAAUCGUUAUUGUUGUUGCGUCUAGCACUGCUGUGUUUGCGGGGAUAAUCAUCUCCGCUUGUGUGUGUUUAAAACUGAGGAGGGCAAAGAAAUUGGCUCAAACUAAUCACCUCCCAAAUGAACCCGUGGAAGAAAUGGUAAGUGAGGAAUCAUUUCAAUACAGUUUUGAGACUAUCAAACUUGCUACGGAUAAUUUCUCCGAGGAAAAUAAACUUGGACAAGGUGGAUUUGGUGUUGUUUACAGGGGAAGAUUUUCUAAUGGACAAGACAUAGCUGUGAAAAAAUUGUCUAGAGGAUCAUACCAAGGUGGUCUCGAAUUCAAGAAUGAAGUCAUGUUAGUUGCCAAGCUUCAACACCGCAAUCUUGUUAGGCUUCUUGGUUUCAGCUUGGAAGGAAGUGAAAGGCUUCUUGUCUAUGAGUUUGUCCAAAAUGGAAGCCUAGAUCAUUUCAUAUUUGAUGAAAGGAAGCGUGCGAAUUUGGAUUGGGAUAGUCGUUACAAAAUAAUAGGAGGUGUGGCUCGAGGACUCCUUUACCUUCAUGAAGAUUCUCGUUUGAGAAUUAUCCAUCGAGAUCUCAAAGCUAGUAACAUCCUUUUAGAUGAUGAAAUGCAUCCUAAAAUAUCAGAUUUUGGAACCGCAAGACUUUUUGAUGUUGAUCAAACUCAAGAAAGCACCAGUCGAGUGGUGGGAACAUAUGGAUAUAUGGCCCCAGAAUAUGUCAUGCAUGGACAAUUUUCUGUCAAAUCUGAUGUAUUUAGUUUUGGUGUAUUACUUUUAGAAAUAAUAAGUGGAAAGAAAAUAAAUUAUUUCCAACAAGAAGAUGAUGUGAAACACCUUUUAAGCUAUACAUGGAAACAUUGGAGGGAAGGAAAUGCUACAAAUAUAGUAGAUCCAUUGAUGAAAGUUGGGUCAGCAAGUGAAAUAAUGACAUGUAUUCACAUAGGACUAUUAUGUGUCCAGGAAAAUUUAGUUGACAGACCAACCAUGAAUACUGUUCUUCUCAUGUUAAAUAGUAGUUCUGUAUCUUUCCCAUUACCCUCAAAGCCAGCUUUCUUUAUGUAUAACAACAUGGGAUCAGAUAUGGCAUUACCAUCACAAUUCAAUUCAAGAAUAAAUCACUCUAAGAGUGUGUCUGUAAAUGAAACAUCAAUCAGUGAACUUUCCGCUCGCUAGUUUAUUAUUGAAUAAAUAUAUACAAUUUCUGUAGACGUGCCUACAGUACAUGACA